CACUGUUAACCAACCUCAAAUCAUGAUUCUUUAGUCCAUAGAAAACCCUAAAUUCCCAGUUUUUUUUAUUCAUGCGCAAUUUGAUCUUGCAGACAGUUUCAUCCCAAAAAAAAGUUGCUUUUUUGUACCCGUUUAACUUCGUCUUCUUGAAGUGAAAAGUCGGAAUCUUGAGCAUAUUCUCAGUUUAUUGUUGCAAAUUGGAAGUGGGGUUUUCUUGGAUUCAAAAUGAUGAUUCUUGGUGAAAAUAUGAAUACCCUUAAAGUCAUAGAUUCCUCGUUAAGGUUGUUUGUGGUUCCUCUAAGUCUUGGUUCUAUGUGGUUGACUUUGACCAAUCAUCAAAAUAACGAAAUGUAUGGCAAAAUAGAGUUCAGUAAUCUCAAGGGUCUCAAAUUCUUGGUCAGCAUUAGUACAAUUUCUGCUGCGUAUGCUGUGGUUGCUGUUGUUUCUUCAUGGGUCAAGAACUUGAUGAACAAAGCUUGGAUCUUUUUUGUUUGCGAUCAGGUGGUGGCAUAUUUGAUGGUGGCAAGUGGUGGUAGCUUUGGGGAGAUAGUGUAUUUGGCAUACAAUGGCAACCCAAAGGUGACAUGGAGUGAAGCAUGCUCUUCAUAUGGAAGAUUUUGUGGGAGAUUAAAUCUCAUUUUGGCUCUUCAUCUUAUUGCUUUGCUUUGUUUCUUUCUGCUUUCUUUGAUAUCGGCUUUUAGGGUUUUCACAAGAUUUGAACCUCCUCUUUCUUCCAAAGAAGUUGAAGGUGAAAGGAUAUAG